AUGAAUAUAAACGAUGAAUCAUCAACAGAUUAUUUCUUAAAUCCGGGUCCUCAGACACCUAGGAUUAACAAAAGAGUAAGAUCUGAAGGUGAGGAAUCAGAUGAUUAUGAAACAGUCAUUAUCCCAACCGAAGAAAUUUCGCUAAUGAAUAUCAAUUCUAAUCAACAAAUUUCAAGAACGCAACGAAACGAAUAUCCACCAAUCACAAUCGAAUUCAAAACAACUCAUAACAAAACGGAUAGGAAAUUGAUAGAAGAUUUAAUUAAAGAAUGGAGAACUAAAAAUAAUAGAAAUAUAGAUAUUAUUGGACGAUUCGGAUACAAAAACGUACUUCUAAUCUUUCCACGAAAUGCUUCAACUCUUGACGAUUUACUCGAAAAAGAAAGAUGGCCUGAGAGAAUCUCCAAUACCAACUAUAUAAUUAAAUAUCCAAAGAUUCUACCUUCAAUAUACUCAUUAAUUAUACAUGAUUUUCAAUCAACUUGGAAUGAAGAUGAAACAACAAAAGAGCUACAAGAAAAAUAUGUAACAUUAAGAAAGUUAACUCGUCUUGUAACACGUGAAGGUAGACCGAUGAAUGUUGUACGUGCCGAUUUUAUGUCGACACAGACUGUUAAGCAACUUUUGAAUCAAGGUGAAAUCGAUAUAAAUUGUAUGAAACUUCGCAUCCGACCAUAUUUCUCACCAAUAAAAAUUAAUAAAUGUCGAAAAUGCUUCAAGCAUGAUCAUUUUACAAGUCAAUGCACAAGUCCACAAUUGUGCUUUCGAUGUGGUCAACAUCAUCCACUAACCGAAGGGUGUACCAAUGAAAUAAAAUGCGUCAAUUGUCAACAACAUCAUUAUUCAGGUCACUCAUCAUGUCCAAUUGUCCAGCAAAGGAGAAAGCAGCUUUCCGAACAGGUAAAAGUGCAACGCGCUCAACUGCUAAUAAAACAACACCAGGACAAUUUUAUCUACAAUACAUCAACAUUUCCGCCACUUUCACCCCGAUCGCAUCAAAUAAAUUCCAACUUACAAUCAAAUCCAGGAUACACUAACAACUACAUAAAAAAUCAACCAUUGUACGCAAAUGUAGCAUCAUCAAAACCCUCAAAAAAGCAUGAAAAUGUUGAACAAAUGAUACUGGCAAUGUCAGAAUCAAUCAAUCAUCAAUUAUCAAGCUUUACAUCAACAAUCACAUCUCAAAUCACCGAUUUAUCAAAGAAGCUGAAUACAUACAAUGAUAGAAUACAAAAUCUUGAAAAACGAAUCGAUAAAUCAAUUGUACCAGCAAUAGGUGAGUUAUCUAAAAUUAUUGAUGAAAUUUUAGAGUCCAAAGAACAACCACUCGCUCAAAAACGUCCACACACAACAUCAUGCAGAGAAAUAAUACACAACAUACUGCAUAAAUACAACCCGACAACCUUUCAAACACCUCCACACAAAAAACAACGACCAACAACUAAUUUGACACAAAUUCUCUCGAACAUUAAUAAUCGUAUCCAAUAA